AUGCCUCAUGGGAAGUUAGAGAAGAUGGCAUCGAUGGAUGUCCAUCUCCGUCAACUGGUUCCUGGCAAAGUUAGUGAAGACGACAAACUUGUUGAGUAUGAUGCUCUGCUUCUAGAUCGGUUCCUAGAUAUCCUCCAGGAGUUGCACGGAGAGGAUCUUCGAGAAACUGUUCAAGAGCUUUAUGAGCACUCUGCAGAGUACGAAGGGAAGCAUGAGCCAAAGAAGCUAGAGGAGCUAGGGAGUGUGCUAACGAGUUUAGAUCCAGGGGACUCCAUUGUUAUCGCUAAAGCCUUCUCUCACAUGCUUAACUUGGCUAAUCUGGCUGAGGAAGUGCAGAUUGCUUACCGCCGUAGGAUCAAGAAGCUGAAGAAAGGUGAUUUUGUUGAUGAGAGCUCUGCUACUACUGAGUCUGAUCUCGAAGAGACUUUUAAGAAGCUUGUUGGUGAUUUGAACAAGUCUCCUGAAGAGAUCUUUGAUGCUCUCAAGAACCAGACUGUUGAUUUGGUUUUGACUGCUCAUCCUACUCAGUCUGUGAGAAGAUCAUUGCUUCAGAAACAUGGGAGGUUAGUAGUUUUAUUUACUGAACCUAUCUAUGUUUUGGUGUUAAACUUAUCUUCUUUGUGUUGUUUUAGGAUAAGAGACUGCCUGGCUCAGCUCUAUGCUAAGGAUAUCACUCCUGAUGACAAACAAGAGCUUGAUGAGGCUCUACAGAGAGAGAUUCAAGCUGCAUUCAGAACAGAUGAGAUCAAAAGAACACCACCGACACCACAAGAUGAGAUGAGAGCUGGGAUGAGUUACUUCCAUGAAACUAUCUGGAAAGGUGUUCCUAAGUUUCUUCGCCGUGUAGACACUGCUCUCAAGAACAUUGGCAUCGAAGAACGUGUCCCCUACAAUGCUCCACUGAUUCAGUUUUCUUCUUGGAUGGGUGGUGACCGUGAUGGUAAUCCAAGGGUUACACCUGAAGUCACUAGAGACGUGUGUUUGUUAGCUAGAAUGAUGGCUGCUACAAUGUACUUCAACCAAAUUGAAGAUCUUAUGUUUGAGCUGUCUAUGUGGCGUUGCAAUGAUGAGCUGCGUGUGCGAGCUGAUGAACUUCACGUAAACAGGAGAAAAGACGCUGCAAAACAUUACAUAGGUAUGAGAAGGAACCUGUGUUGCAGAAUCUGUUUAUGUCUAAGUUUUGUUGUGUUGGAACUGAUGAUUCAUUGUCUUGCAGAGUUCUGGAAGUCAAUUCCACCAACCGAACCAUACCGUGUGAUUCUUGGUGAUGUAAGAGACAAGCUUUACCACACACGUGAACGAGCUCGCCAAUUGCUCAGCAAUGGAACCUCUGAUGUCCCUGAAGAAGCUACUUUCAACAACGUGGAAGAGUUCCUGGAACCGCUGGAGCUUUGUUACCGAUCACUAUGUUCAUGUGGUGACCGUCCAAUAGCUGAUGGAAGCCUUCUUGAUUUCUUGAGGCAAGUCUCAACCUUUGGUCUCUCUCUCGUGAGGCUUGACAUAAGGCAAGAAUCUGACCGCCACACUGAUGUGUUGGAUGCUAUCACCACCCAUUUAGACAUCGGAUCAUACAAAGAGUGGUCCGAAGAGCGCCGCCAAGAAUGGCUUUUGUCUGAGCUAAGUGGCAAACGUCCUCUCUUCGGUUCUGAUCUUCCAAAAACCGAAGAGAUCGCUGACGUUCUCGACACGUUUCAUGUCAUCGCCGAGCUACCUUCAGACAGCUUUGGUGCUUACAUCAUCUCCAUGGCGACAGCGCCUUCUGAUGUACUAGCUGUUGAGCUUUUACAGCGCGAAUGCCACGUGAAACGGCCUUUGAGAGUUGUCCCUCUCUUUGAGAAGCUAGCUGAUCUUGAAGCGGCUCCUGCAGCUGUUGCUAGACUCUUCUCUGUUGACUGGUACAAGAACCGGAUCAACGGUAAGCAAGAGGUUAUGAUUGGUUAUUCAGACUCGGGCAAAGACGCUGGACGUUUGUCUGCUGCUUGGCAGUUAUACAAAGCUCAAGAAGAGCUUGUGAAGGUUGCUAAAGAGUACGGUGUGAAGCUGACUAUGUUUCAUGGUCGUGGUGGCACUGUCGGAAGAGGAGGUGGACCGACACAUCUUGCUAUAUUGUCUCAGCCACCGGAUACUAUUAACGGCUCCCUCCGUGUCACGGUGCAAGGUGAAGUCAUUGAGCAAUCUUUCGGAGAGGAACAUCUAUGCUUCAGAACGCUCCAGCGUUUCACCGCUGCAACACUAGAGCAUGGUAUGCGUCCUCCGGUUUCUCCUAAACCAGAAUGGCGUGCGUUGCUUGAUGAAAUGGCGGUUGUUGCGACCGAAGAGUACCGGUCUGUUGUGUUCCAAGAACCUCGCUUUGUCGAGUACUUCCGCCUUGCUACACCGGAGCUAGAGUAUGGUCGUAUGAACAUUGGAAGCAGACCUUCGAAGAGGAAGCCAAGCGGUGGCAUCGAGUCUCUCCGUGCCAUUCCAUGGAUCUUUGCUUGGACCCAAACGAGAUUCCAUCUCCCUGUGUGGCUUGGAUUCGGAGCAGCCAUCAGACACGUGGUUGAAAAAGAUGUGAAGAACCUACACAUGCUUCAGGAUAUGUACCAGCACUGGCCUUUCUUUAGAGUCACCAUUGAUCUAAUCGAAAUGGUGUUCGCUAAAGGUGAUCCAGGUAUCGCUGCUUUGUACGAUAAGCUUCUUGUUUCAGAGGAGCUAUGGCCAUUUGGUGAGAAACUCAGAGCUAACUACGAAGAAACUAAGAAACUCGUCCUCCAGACUGCUGGACACAAGGAUGUACUUGAAGGAGACCCUUACUUGAAACAGAGACUGAGACUUCGUAACUCUUACAUCACGACACUCAAUGUCUGUCAAGCUUACACACUGAAGAGAAUCCGUGACACGAGUUACCAUGUGACUCUACGACCUCACAUCUCUAAGGAGAUUGCUGAAUCGAGCAAAGAACUCAUCGAGCUUAACCCGACGAGUGAGUACGCGCCUGGACUUGAAGAUACACUCAUCUUGACCAUGAAGGGUGUCGCUGCUGGUCUACAGAACACUGGUUGAGUAAAAAAACAGAGAUGAACCUCUCUGUUUCUCUAUCCUCUGUUUUUUUUUUUAAUCUUAUUUCUGCUGAUUCGGAAAUAAUAAAUUAUGCGGUUGGAUUUCUUGGUUUGUUUAUGUAAGUCCACCGUCAAAGUGUUGGUCUUUGUGUACGAAUAACUCUUUCGAGAUCAUGAACACAUGCUCUGUCUUUUUUUCUUUCUUUCUCGAAUGUAACAAAACAGAGCAAGAGAAUCGUUUCUUGUUUGUUUGUCUUUUACUUGACCUUCCUCUUUACGGAUC